AUGAAAAAAAUCAACCAGGGUGAACAGACUACUACAGGGGACAGCAGCGAAUCUAACUCAGACACCGAUGCUGUGGACCCGAGACUAGAGAAUAUGCCGUUUAUCGAAGCCUUUGGUCAUCAUUAUCACAUCUCGGGUAAAAUAUUCUUACCCUUCGACGAACCCGAGAGGAAGAGGUUGGAGGUUCAGCAUAAGUUAUAUCGACACUGUCUAGAUGGCGCCUUAACCCACACGCGGCUGCCGCUUGAUACGGCACAGAUAGUAGAUUUAGGGACCGGGACUGGUGUAUGGGCUAUUGAGAUGGCAGCCCGCUAUCCGCAAACUCAGAUCACCGGCAUAGACGUGUACCCGAUCCAGAGGAGGAAGGGAGUUCCGCCAAACGUGAAAUUCGAGAUUGGAGAUGUGGAGGACCCGUGGAACUUUCCGGACAACUCUGUCGAUUUCGUCCAUGCGAGGAGCAUAGCCGGGGGAGUACGAGAUUGGCCGGGACUACUUCGUCAAGCAUACACCAAGCUCAAACCAGGAGGACUCUUCGAGAUGACGGAAAUCGCGUUGAAUAUUCUAGACUUCGACGGCAAGUUCGCCGAGGCCGACCUGUGUCCCGAGUUUCUCAAGAUAUUCCGAGACCUGUGUAACGAGGUGGGCAUGGACUUCAACCCGUCGCCCCACGUUCCCGACUGGUUAGUCGAAGCAGACUUCGAGAAGAUAGUCCAACGAAGCGAGAUACUUCCGGCUGGGAGUUGGGCUCAAGACGACAAGUUAAAGGCACGACAGGCUCUAAUGAACUCGAUUACUACCGAGCACUACGUAUUGGAUAAUCAUUGCGGCUUGCUAUUUAAGAGUUGCGGGUGGACCAAAGAACAAUUCGACGCAAUAGUGCCGUCGUUUUGGCAGGAGGUUCGAGCAGCAAAUAUUCGACCGUAUAUCACAGCUGUUUUUACUACUGCGAGAAAACCUCGCGAACCACGCGCAUGA